CUUCCGGUUCUCCUUUACUUGGCCAUCAGCCCAGGAGCUAAAAGCGCAGCAAAAGAUUCUGUACAGAAAAGGGCUGAACAUGUCACUCCGUUUUGGACAACAUCUCAUCAAGCCUUCUCUUGUGUUUCUGAAGACAGAGCUGUCUUUUGCAUUUGUGAACAGAAAACCUGUGGUCCCAGGCCAUGUUCUCAUUUGCCCUCUCCGCCCUGUGGAACGCUUCCGUGACUUGCAUCCUGAGGAAGUGGCUGAUUUAUUUCACACAACACAAGCAGUUGGCAAUAUAGUGGAGCAACAUUUUGGAGGAACUUCGCUCACCAUUUCGGUUCAGGAUGGUCCUGAAGCUGGUCAGACUGUGAAGCACGUUCAUGUUCAUGUACUUCCAAGAAAGCCAGGUGAUUUUGACAGAAAUGACAAUAUCUACGAUGAGCUUCAGCGCCAUGACAAAGAGGCGGAAGAUUCCCCCAGCAAAUGGAGAUCUGAGGAAGAAAUGGCAACUGAAGCUGCAAUCCUCAAGAAAUAUUCUCAGUGAAAGAAGAGGAGCAACACAAUCUUUUCAAUUUGUUCUGAAGCAGAAGUAGUGGAGAACAAGCCUCUUUUGUUACCGGCUAACCUAGAAUUGAAAUAAUGGAGGAUGACAACAUAUUCAGUAAAGAUACUGGAUAAAACAAAGAACGUUUUUAUCAGAGUCUUACUUAGGUUAAAAUGCUUCUUAGAGCUUUGGUUUCAUUAAAGUUAUUUGAAUUUGGGGUGGUGGUGAAUAAAUAUUUCUGAGUUGCAACAUCUUAAAA